AUGGAGAGCAUAGACAUUGUAUUCGAUAACCCGAAAUAUUACAAGCCGGGAGACCAAGUCUCUGGGAAUGUGAUCCUGAUAACAAGUGCAGAUAUAAAAGCUCAUCAUCUGAAAAUCCGAAUUCAUGGUGUGGCUAAGACAAAUUGGACAAAGUACAGCAAAAAUGAUAAUGUGACCUACGGAGCAAUUAUGGAUUACAUUAAAAUGGACACGAUUGUGUGGAGUGGUGAUAAUCAGAAUAAUAAGCUCCCAGCGGGUCCCCACGUGUUUCCAUUUUUGUUCCGAAUCCCAGCUAAUGCUCUGCCUAAUUAUGAAGGUCGGUACGGCCAUGUUCGGUACAAAAUCAGUGUUGAACUGGCUAGACCAUUGAAGUUUAGCAUAAAGAAAACAGCGAAUUUUAGAGUGGUUCCCAACGUUGAUAUUAGUCGUUUCUCACUCUCCAGCACAAAAGUCUCAAGAAGAGACGUUAAAGAUAUUGGAGCUUUCUUCAAAAAUGGACUAGUGACAUUGACGGUCACAAUUCCAAACAAACCAUAUAUUGUCGGCGAGAAUUUACCAAUUACUAUCAAUAUCGACAACGCCUCAACAAAACCUGCGAACUGUGUGCGUGUAGAGCUUCACCAACAUUCUCAUUUCACUGGAAGCACAUCUUGGAAACUCUCUGGGAGCAAUGAGUUAUGUCAGAAGAAUGAAAUGGAUACGGUUCUGGAAAAGAGGAAGAAGAUCGAAGUCCUUCCGAAAUCACGAGGAUUCGAAGAGCUGAGAAUCAAAAUACCGAGAGUUUCACAAACGUUUCAGAGCUCCAUCAUAACUGUUCAUUACUUCCUUUCCGUAAUGUUAGGCACCGAUACAUUGCUGAAUAACACAUUGCAUUGUGAAUUCCCAAUCAUCAUUAGUACCGUCCCAAUCACAUCUACACCUGUGACGCCCUUACGAUCUGCUAGAUCUGCUAGCCAGCCACCACCAUAUUCAGUUCUUCCACCAAUUCUUUCUAAUGUAGAAAGUUAUUACCAUCCUCCAACUUAUGAGGAAGCCUUAAUCGCUUAA